AUGAAGCUUGUCAUGACCACUGCGAUGCUUGCGCUUGCGUCGGCGGCCGCGCCUGCCUGCACGCAAGAGAGUCUCGGAUCGGCGUACCUCGGGGCGAUCCAGCAAGCGGCGCCAGCGAUGCUCAAGUGUACGAUGGACAUUGGCGUUCCGGUCUCGGAGCUUGCGACGGGCAACAGCUCGCCUGUAUCGCCCGAGACUGUCGACAAGUUCACCAAGAGUCCGAAUUGCGUUGCGGUUUUUACCACAAUCCAGACCGCGUCCAAGGCCGAAAACCCACCGUGCACCAUCGGCACGAUGUGCGGCAAGUCGGUCACAACGGCCCAAGUCGCUGCCAUGACGUACGACCAGUACGUGCACGCCAACCUCCAAACGGUCCAGUGCACAAUUCCGGACCCAAGUACAAGCGACGCACCGACGAUGGCCCUGAGCCUCGCUGCGGUAGGUGUCGUAGGGCUGCUUGCGAUGAUGUAA